CUCAAAACUCCUUUAACUUUCAUAUAAUUACUUUAGUUACCGUUUCUUUUCAUAUAUUUUGGCCAAAACAGCCCCUCGUCUUCCCCGGCGUCUUCAAGCUCCCGGUUGCAACAAACAAUCUCCUCGCCACGGUUCCGGCGAUUCUUCUCCGAUCAGGGGUUAGGCUGUCCAAAAUCAAGAUUAAUUUAGAAAUUCCUCAAGAUCAUGGCGGUUCGGAGGAUGUCCUCGCUCUUAUCUCGUUCCCUUUCUUCUUCUCCGGCUCUCCUUUCCAAAGGGAGGAGGGGUUUCAUCAAUGGCAGAACAACGCCGAAAUAUAGCACUGUGGCUGCUGUUGAAGAUCCUAUUACUCCAUCUGUGAAAGUGAAUUAUACCCAGCUAUUAAUCAAUGGACAGUUUGUGGAUUCAGUCUCAGGAAAAACUUUUCCUACUUUGGAUCCAAGGACUGGGGAAGUCAUUGCAAAUGUUGCUGAAGGUGAUGCUAGAGAUGUUGAUAUUGCGGUUUCUGCUGCACGAAAGGCAUUUGAUGAAGGGCCUUGGCCUAAAAUGACUGCUUAUGAAAGAUCAAAGAUAAUUUUGCGGUUUGCUGAUUUGGUUGAAAAGCAUGUCGAAGAAGUUGCAGCACUCGAAACGUGGGACAAUGGGAAAACAUACGAACAGUCUGUAAAACUUGAAGUCCCGAUGUUCGUACGCCUCUUUCGAUACUAUGGCGGAUGGGCGGAUAAGAUCCAUGGACUCACAGUUCCUGCCGAUGGCUCGUAUCAUGUGCAGACCUUGCACGAACCUAUUGGCGUUGCGGGUCAGAUCAUUCCAUGGAACUUUCCUCUGGUCAUGUUUGCUUGGAAGGUUGGCCCAGCAUUAGCAUGUGGGAAUACUAUUGUUUUGAAGACAGCUGAGCAGACACCUUUGUCUGCUCUCCUUGUGGCUAAGCUAUUCCAUGAGGCUGGACUUCCUGAGGGCGUUCUGAAUAUUGUUUCUGGUUAUGGACCCACUGCUGGUGCUGCUCUUGCCAGUCAUAUGGAAGUUGAUAAGCUUGCUUUUACUGGAUCAACCGAAACAGGAAAGGUUGUACUUGAAUUAGCUGCAAAAAGCAAUCUGAAGCCAGUAACAUUGGAGCUUGGUGGAAAAUCCCCUUUCAUUGUAUGUGAGGAUGCUGAUGUAGACAAGGCUGUGGAGAUGGCACACUUUGCUCUCUUCUUCAACCAGGGACAAUGUUGCUGUGCUGGUUCUCGUACUUUCGUUCAUGAAAAAGUAUAUGACGAAUUUCUAGAAAAAGCAAGAAACCGAGCUGCAAACCGCGUUGUUGGUGAUCCAUUCCUAGGUGGGAUUGAGCAAGGUCCUCAGGUCGAUGGUGAACAAUUCAAAAAGAUAUUGAAAUAUAUAAAAUAUGGGAUUGAAGGAGGAGCCACUCUUGAAGCAGGAGGAGAAAGGUUUGGUUCCAAGGGUUACUAUGUCCAACCAACAGUUUUCUCAAAUGUCAAGGAUGACAUGAAAAUUGCACAGGAGGAGAUUUUUGGUCCUGUACAAACAAUCUUGAAAUACAAAGAGAUUGAUGAGGUGAUAAGGAGGGCAAAUGCUAGUCGUUAUGGACUGGCUGCUGGAGUGUUUACUCAAAGUAUCGACACAGCCAACCGGUUGACACGUGCGCUGAGAGUCGGGUCAGUGUGGAUCAAUUGCUUUGAUAUAUUUGAUGCUGCAGUUCCUUUUGGAGGGUACAAGAUGAGUGGACAUGGGAGAGAAAAGGGAAUUUACAGCCUUAGCAAUUACCUGCAAGUGAAGGCUGUUGUUACUCCUUUGGAAAACCCUGCUUGGCUUUAGGAUGGAUGGAUCCCCAUUGCAUACUUCUCUCCCUUUUCCUUUUCUUUUUGUUGUUCACAUUGUCACCAAUAAAUACAAGAGUCCAGAUUCCAUAAAUAAGUAUAAUAGAUCCUUUCUUAUUUAUCAAAUUAAAGCACGUUUGAAA